GUGCUUAGCCGGGGUUAAGAAAUUUCACGCGAUUCACACUACGUUCGCCUUAGCCCCGGACUAUUCGAUAGCUCAUGAAUAUUAAUGCUUUUGCUACCGCGCAUGCGCCUUUCGACUAAAUGAAGGGGAAAAACCCGCGCGCUAAAUUCAAUAUAAAUAUAAAUUCAAUUCCGAUCGAUCGGAAUUGGAAGUAGUUCUAGGCCUACGUAGUAAACGAUCUCGAUCUCGACGCAUACUAGUAAUCAUGGCUCCGAAUGAAAUGUUGAGUGCGAUCGUUCUGCUCUUGAACAUCUAUUUCAUGAAGAGGCGAGUUCGGGAGAAUUCUAGAAGGAAUGCCCUAGCAAGGAGAAGAGCCUGGCGUCACAGGCAAUUCGAAAGAGCUUUGACUGAGGAACUAACGUCGAUCGUUGGCAUUCUUUCGAUGAUGGAAUCCUCUCGGUGCAUGAUGAUCGACAACGUUUUGAAGCCCUGGUCGUUACCCAAAAGCGACUUUUGGUGGAAGACCAUCGUCAUCGACACAUUUGAGCAGGAGGAUUGGCUCAGCCACUUCCGUAUGUCAUGGCAAACGUUUAACUUUCUUUGCGGCCAACUACGACCAAUCAUCCAGAAGAUGGACACGAAAUUUCGGGUAGCCAUUCGAGUCGAGCAUCGGGUUGCCAUCACCCUGUGGCGUCUCGCCACCAAUGUAGAAUAUCGGACCAUAGCACAGAUGUUUGGCGUUGGUACUUCGACUGUUUGCUGCAUAGUUCAUCAGGUUUGCAGGGCUAUAGUGGUGACGCUCGCUAACGACAUGAUCAGGAUUCCACGAGGAGAUGCUGCUGCAGAUGUCGUACGCGAAUUUGAAGUAAAGUGGGGAUUCCCUCAAUGUUUUGGCGCCAUUGAUGGCAGCCAUAUUCCCGUGCUAUCACCUAAGGAAUUUCGAGCGGAUUAUUAUAAUCGAAAAGGGUUUUAUAGCAUGGUGCUACAAGGUCUAGUGGAUCAUAGAUACAGGUUCAUGAACAUAAAUUUUGGAUAUCCUGGAAGUGUACAUGAUGCCCGGGUGUUCACUAAUUCUAGGGUUUUUAGGCUUGGCAAUGAGGGAGAACUAUGUCCUCCCCUCCUACGUGAAAUUGGUGAAACGCAAGUUCCUGUUGCUAUCCUUGGCGACAGUGCCUAUCCUUUAUUGCCAUGGCUCAUGAAACCCUUCCAUGACAAUGGCCAGCUAACAAGAGAGAAACGGCACUUCAAUUAUCGCCUGAGCAGAGCUAGGAUGUUUGUUGAAAAUGGAUUCGGUAGACUGAAAGGAAGGUGGAGAAUACUUCUUAAAAGACAAGACACUCAUGUAAAAUAUCUUGGUGAUCUUGUGGUAGCAUGCUGUGUUUUACACAAUUUGUGCGAGUCUGCAGGUGAGAACUUUGAUCUUGAUCUUCUUGGUGCCAAUGGUGGGGAUGGGCAGGCUCCAAAUGUCCCAGGUAUGAAUGACGAACAAAACCGUGAUGCAACAAGGAUACGUAAUGCUUUACUCCAACAUCUUACAGAUGCUUAAGUUCUCAAGACGAACAAAUGCAAGUUGACCUAGUUGAUGCACAGUACUGCAUACAUCUCAUGUUUUGAAUCCAAACAUUCAGGAGUUUUACACAUGUAUUCUUUUCUUUUUCAAAUAAUUUAAAGCUCCACCUACAAUGUUCCCCUCCCCUCCCACACAAAAAAAAGAAAGAAAAACAAAACUAGGAUUAUCUGUUUGCAAUCCAUAUUAACCGAGUACUAGUAUUCUUCAGUCUACAGAGGCAUUUCCAACAACCAAUGUCUCGCAUUCAGUUACAUUUUAUUAAAAAUUUGAUUAAAGAAUUUCAUAGAUGAUUAUCAUUGUAUGAGCUUGUUGUAUUCAAAACCAUCUUCAAACCAAUGUGCAUACAUACGGCAAGGUUUACUGGGAGUAAGUUAAUCCUUCAAAUGGAGAACGAAAAUGGGAUCGAUGUACCACACCCAAAUAUAAAAAUAGACAGUGUACAUGUGUUCAAUCAGAAUACCUUGUUUUGAUUACCGGUACAGAAAUUGUUGGUGUGUAUUUUUUUGUGUAAAUAAUGUACAUCGUGUAUAACAUUAAAAGUGAAGGAUAACCAUACAUGUUUUUGUUUAUUUUAAUAUCAUUUUCAUUUUAUUUUAUUUGUUGAUAAAUAAUUGAACUUAACUUUUUCUUUAUGGACGGUAGAGUGCCUGGCAUGAGUUACAAUGUGAGUAGUACUGCUAUGGUGGGUAGUUAUUAUUGGCAUCAUCAUCGCUAUUUUUAUUAUUAUUUUUUUCUUUUCUAUUUUUUUUUUAAAGAGUAAAUUGGACUACCAGAUAUGUAUUGUGUUCAUGUAAUCCCAUAGUACUGGCAAUAUUAUGUAAAGAAGUUACCAAAAAUAAAGUGAUGCCAGCCUUUGAAUAUUUUCAAUGUUUUUAUCCUGGUAAUCUUAACAUGGAAUCACAUUAAUAAAUGAACUGAUAUAUCCAAUCUGUGUGUCUGGCAAGAUUCCAGGUUGUUAUUUGUUUAUUUUGCUUAGGAUAAGAAAAAAAUGUUGAAUGGGUAAUUUCUAUUAAGAAUCAUUGCCCUGAUAUUUGUUUGAUGCUUCAACAUGAAUACCCUUUCAUAUCUAUAAACAUUGUGCUGAUUUUAACAAAGCAGCGGACUUGAUAUGGGUAAGCUAAUUUAAAACUCUUCUUGCAUCAAUCAAUUUGCAUGCUAUGACUUUGUGCACUGUGGACGAGUUUUCAUUUUGUAUGUAAUAUGUUGUUGAGAAUAUAAUUAAUUCAUGAGAGUUGAAAAUACAUGUACAUAUAAUUUCAGACAUUUGUGGAAACUUGUUUGUUUACAGACAUAAGCAUUGAUGAUUUGAUAUUGCCGGUUGCAGGCAAAGAUGUAUCAGCAGAUUGAAUUGAGUUGUGGAUUCACUGAAAAGUUAUGUUUGAAAGUGGUGUGAACAAGGUACAUGUAUACAGAUCUUUGCUCAUGGUACUUUUUCAUUGAACUAUCCAUCCAGAGAGAAUUAAAACCAAAAAAGGAAUAUGAGCUAUUUUGUGUCUCAUACUCUCAAAACUACAAUGUAAAUGUGUGCUUUUUACAGCUUUAUUUUCAGGCUUACCGGUAAUUCAUGUUUGAGGGUACCUGGUUUACAGUUCAUGUGUACAUGUACCUUGCAUUCCUUAUGAACAGAUUUGAAGAACAUAAGAGGUGGGGGGGGGGGUAGAGGUGGACAAGCCAUUUGAGAAUGAGUGCUUUUUUUUAGAUGAGUGUGUGUCGUUUUGUUUCUGUCCUACUAAGGCUGUUAAUACUGUUCACUUUCUUUCUCACUCGCUUUCUCUCUAUCUCUUUAAAACAUAUCAGGACCCUAACUCCAA